AUGUCAAACAUGGCCGGCGAAAUCCCCGCUGGCAUUGCUUUAACUUCACAACCAGCCCGAAAGCCCAGAAAGUUGACCGAGAAAAGAAGGGCCCAGAAUCGCGAAGCCCAGAGAUUGUUUCGCGAGCGGAAACGAAAGAAGGUCUUCGCAGCCCUCCGCCAAUCCAUAGAUCCAGAAUAUUGGAAUCAUCCGUCGAAUUUGGCUUUGGACGUCCCUAUUGCAGUCAAUACUGCGAUAGAACCGUCGGUGGAAUUAAGGGCGCCUAUUAAUGCAUAUACAGACACACACUUCGAGUUCUCCACCAAACUCAAUAACGAGCGGGCUAUAAAUGAAGCUGCAAGGCAGCUGUAUAAUUCCGAUGUCGAUUAUGCGCGAGAAAAGGAAGCCGGACGUAGUUCAUCGGCUCCUCGUUUAAUCAGUCUUCACUGGCUCUUGAACGAUCCUGAUGAGCCUGCCCCGACACCUGAUACGAUUCCUGGGGUUUAUGAUAGAUUUCCUACAACUGGUCCAUAUUCAUACAAUUCAGACAUAUCAGAUCCAGGUUCUGAUAUUCGCAAUGGGGAAAGCUCUACACGGCCUGAACAUGCGCCUUCCGUAGAAGUUAGGCAGUCGCCACUUGUUCCCCCUCCCGAUCCCGAUGAUGACGUCAUAGAAGUACAGAGAUCUCAUUCACUCAGCCAACCGGCAGGAUUCUUUACACCCACUCCAGUAGAACGGGCUAGUGGAGGGUACAGUCUAAAGGAUAUUAUUGAAGCGGGGUUAGAGGCUUUAGCAGCGAAAGAUCAGCAACUCGACAUUCGUUUAUCGCGAAGCCAAAGAGUUCGGGACCGACAACAACGGGAAGCAUCUAUCGAAGAUAUUAGCACCAAGGCUCUCGAAGAAUUGCUUAUCUACACUCCAUCACCAUGUCGAACUCAUAUGAACCUCCACGAAAUUACAACCUUCAAAGCAGUCGUCAUUAAUGCAAAAAUGAUAGGUUUUCGGAAUCCUCUACCGGAGGACUUCAAAGACCCUUACAAAUCACCGUUCGUACAGGCGUAUUUUAUGAACGAUCAAUCCGUAGAAAAAGUCCAGGAGAAGUUUGCGAACGUUUCGGACUCGCUGAAGCCUUCUGCGCUGCAAUGCCGGACGCCUCAUAAAGCUUACAUUGAUGUCUUCCCCUUCCCCGGUUUCAGAGAAAAAGUUAUCGAGGCGGGAAGUAAAGGCCUUCUCAAUGAGAUUGAAUUUUGCGCAGAUCUGGGCAAGUCUGCACUCAUGUGCUGGGGCAGUGGUCAGGGGAAGCAUGGCGGGGAGCCAUGGAAUCCCAGGAGUUGGGAAGCACAGCCGUGGUUUAUAAAAAAAUGGGAGGCCUUUAUCGAUGAUGAACUAAGGGAAUGCUCGAAGUUUUGGAUGGAAUUAAGAGAAGGGGGUAAAGAGAGACCGGAUGGUCAAGGACCGAGUUUCACUCCGAACAUAUUACUCUCUUGA